AUGAUUUGCGGCAUCCAGAUUGCAAUGAAAGCCCUAUUCAUCAUCGGCACCGGUGCGGGACUUCUGCGCGGCGGAUGCACUGCAGUGAGGAAGAGGAGGGUGAAGGGAAGGGAAAGCGGGCCAGAAUGGUAUAUGUUAGUUACGGUCGUCGGCGCAUUCACACGUUGA